AUGACUUCCGUCUUUGCUGUCCCGUUUCUCGCGUUGUUUGUGCUCCCGUCCAUCGCGUCCUACAGCACUACCCUCAAUGUGAUCUUCUUCUACAUGACCUGGACGACCCUUAUUCUGUCGCACUCCCCCUUCAAGGUCGAGCUGAUCGGCACUAUAGCCGUGCGACUGGUGUUUUAUGUCCUCCCGUCCCUGCUGUUCUUCCUCUUCGACAUCUUCACGCCUUCAGCAGCCGUGGUGCUUAAGGCGCAGGGCGAGUUCGGCCUCCCGGCAGGAAGUAAGCGGAGCAAGAUCCGACUCCAGGACUUCAAAGUUGCAGGAUGGUCGCUGUUCAAUCUCGCAUUGGGCAUUGCAGUGCAAGCCACCAUUGAGACCAUCCGGAUAGCCUACUUCAGGACGCGGAGUGCACUGAGAGUCACAUUCAGGGUGCCCAUGCCUUGGGACACCGUGAUUGACCUGAUCAUUGUCUUUGCCGCGAGGGAGGCCCUCUCAUACACUAUCCACCGGCACGUGCUCCACUCCAAGAAAGACUUCCUCCGACGUCACGUCGCCCAGUACCACGAAUCCUGGUACCACUCCCUCCGCGCCCCGUACCCCCUUACAGCCCACUACGACCACCCUAUAUCCUACCUGAUCGGCAACGUCUUUCCCACGCUGAUCCCCGCUGCGGUCUUCCGCCUCCACAUGGUCACCUACGCCAUCUACCUGCUGCUUGUUUCCCUGGAAGAGACUUUCGCGUUCUCCGGCUACUCCGUGAUGCCGACGGAUUUCUUCCUCGGGAGGAUUGCGCGCCGUACCGAGAUGCAUCUGCAUAGACGCGGCGAAGGGAAUUUCGGUCCCUGGGGUGUCAUGGAUUGGAUGUUUCGGACUGGGGUGGGAGAGGAUGAGGAAGAGGCCAUUGACCAGGAGGUGAUUGCCCUUGAUGAAGGUCCGGGUGGUGCUACUGGUAGUUGGCCCAGUAGUAGUCCUAGUACGACGGCGGCGGCGGCGGCUCGGGUGCCGUUGCCUGAAUCGGAGAGGGAGAGCGAACGGUUCGAGGAGAAGGUUGAACACGCCAUUGAGAAGCAUGCCAGGAAGAGGCAGAGACAGCAUCGGUUGAGGAGGACGGUGCAGUCGGAUUGAUCUUGAUUGAUUGGUAUGCGUAUGAGAUCAUGGUGGAUGAUGGGAUGAUGGAUGAUGGAUGAUGGAUGCGAUGCUAUGCUGUAAUGUUAUGUUAUGUCAUGUCAUGUCAGGUUAUGAUGUUACGCGCUGGUUAUGUUUUAUGAUGCAUGUUGGGUGGUUCUGGGGUUGGGGGAUCUGGAGAU